CUUCGACAUAAUCAAUACGGUAACUAACCAGUUUGGAAAGCGGUACCGUAAAUUAAUACCAAAAAUAUUAUUAUUAUUGGACUUUUUUCCUCAACAUUGAAGGCGCUGAGAAUAUUGACCUUAUAGAAACGCAGUACAUUUUUUGUUUUUACUGUUGCGGUAUGUGUCACCGGUUCCGUAUAUAAGUUCCUCAGCGAUCCUAACACAACACUGUUCAGCUCUAAGCCGUUACAAUGAAAGCCUUUGCAUUCUUCGCUCUGUUGGUGUGCGCCAUCUUGGCUCUGACGUCGGUGCAGGGUGCGCCAGCGCCUGAUCUCGAGACCGCAGAAAGCCAUCACGGUUAUGGCCAUAAAUCACAUGGACAUGGUGGACAUGGUGGACAUGGAGGCCAUGGAGGAUACGGCCACGGGCGCACGCCGAACACGACGCGCCGUACGAGCAUAGGGUCUGGUUGUGGUCCGACGGCGAGCCGCCCCAGACCUGCGCUUACGGUGGCCGGAGAUCGUCACGCGAUCCCCGACGCCCAGAGCCUCCUUUGCGACGGCUGGGUUGUGAGGAGGCACCGCUUCGCUGCCUUAUGCGCCCCGCCUCCUCCUUAG